UGUCAAACAAUUUUUAGUUUGUCAAAUUCUUUAUGAAUCAUUUUCAUUAGUUGUAGUGUUUUUACUUCUACCCAGUUUUAGUUCAGGACAUGGAUAUUUCAAACCCAACUUCGCCGCGACAAAACUCAGACAUCAGCUGCGCCUCAGAAAAUGGAAACGCUACGUUCACCUCGGAAGACGAAGACAGUUUGGACAUUUUCGAUUCGUCCAAUGACGAUCCCAAAACCACUAGCAACAUUAAACACUGUGAUAAUUCUAGUACAAUUAAUAAAUUCUCGAUAGAUAACAUUUUAGGAUUAAAUCGUGUUAAUAGUGAUAAAGAAGACGAUUGCAAUAAUAAACAAAUAAAUAAAUUUGAAGAUAAUAAUAGUGAGGAUGAUAAAUAUGAACAUGAUGGCGAUGGUAAUGAAGAAAGUGGGAAACAACUUGUUAGAUUUAUUAAACCUACACCAAUAAAUGCUCUUAGUAGAACAGGUGCAAAGUUCUAUUCCAUUUUGGACUUUCAGAGUUUCGCUAGGCCGGACUCGUUGCCUCCUGAACGUCACACCAACUUGUUGGAAUAUCAGAAAUUUAUCCAAAAUCAAUCGGGCUCAUCUGAGGCUAACUACAAUAAUUCUACUUAUCAGCUACUUCAGUUGCAGUCGCCUUCAACGUAUUCCAGUUGGCUAGGGAGUUUAUCGGAUGGCAAAAAUUCAAGUCACUUAUUUGGAUUGCCAGGUCCAAAACCAACCAACAGACGAUCCAGAAAACCUGGCUUAGAUAGAAAGCCGCGUCAGGCGUACAGUGCGAAACAACUAGAACGACUCGAAGGCGAAUUCAAAGUGGACAAAUAUUUGAGCGUCAGCAAACGUAUGGAACUAUCAAAGGCUCUCAAUCUGACCGAGGUGCAGAUCAAGACCUGGUUUCAAAAUCGUCGCACCAAAUGGAAGAAACAACUAACCACCAGAUUAAAAAUGGCCCAGCGGCAAGGCUUAUUCCCACCGCACUAUUUUGCACCAGCCACAUCUUCGCAUCAGCAAUACCCGCCAAUGUUUCCGCCAUAUUAUACUCCAUUGAUGUUUGGAGUGCCUGCAAUGGAAGAUGUUACAAAUAAUCCUCAAGGAACGGCUGCCAGAAGAUAGGAUUAUUUGCCAGUAUUUUGUAUAUUAUUGUAAAUAAAGUUUAUAAUAAGGAAUCAACCUAGUAGAAAACAAAAUUUAUUCACAGCAAAACUAGAAAACGAUGUUUGCAACAAUUAUAAACACUGAAAUUAAAAGCACUGAUGAUGUAUGAAUUACUGCACCACUAUUAUCAGUGUUAUCAUUAUUAUCAUCUGCUAAAAACUGUCUUAUAUCUUCCUUUAACGUUUUCGCCCAUGAAAUAAUAUCUUUCGCAGAUACCAAAGCCUUUUCAGCAGUUACUUUAUGAGUGUCUAAUAUUCCAGUUAAAUUCACCAAAGCUUCCACUUUUACUAGUUGGUCUUCGUCGUAUAUGUAAUUAGCAGCACUUGAAAUGAGGCUUCCACAGUUGGAGUAACUACAAAAAAAAAACUCAAUUAAUUGCAAAAUUUAAAAAAACAAAUACAUUCUUACGCAUCAUUAAGUGUCUGAUAAUUUUCAGCAAUAAAUUCAAGGGCAGCAUUUGUUCCAACUUUACCACUACUGAAGACGUAUGUCCAAACCGAGGUAAAAUCUUGCAAUCUAAUUCCUGCGGUUUCAUUAAGUGUUUGUCCCAAAUACCAUUUCAAUGUGGCGGUGUCGUUGGUACAGCCCAGUCCACUCAAAAUGGUCAGGAUCUCGGACAUUAGUUUGGUUUCACCGAACUUAGACCAUAAAAAGUUGAAAUCGGUUGCUAUAUUAUCGCUGUGUCGUAGAGCGGUGCAGUAGACUAAGUUUCUUAG